AUGGCGCAAAAAGCGAGAAAGGACAGGGCCAAGUCCAACGCAGAGUCGCUCAAAAAUCUCCAUCUGGGAACCCUGAUUGUUAACACGUGGUUUGUACUGGCCAACCUCCUAUUCAAGCGCAGAUCGUUGUGGCUCUACGUCCUUCUUUCUAUCCCGGCCUUCGCCUGCGAGUAUAUCCUAGAGUCUACGGGGCGUCCCAAAUAUGAUCCAUCGACCAAGGCCCUGAAGACAGCCGGCGAAGACCUCAGCGCACCCGGAUUGACCGAGUACAUGUGGGAUAUCGUGUGGGUCACGUGGGCCAGUGUUGUUGCGGUUAUUUUCUUCGGAAACGGUGGCUGGAUCUUGUGGGCUGCCGUUCCUGUCUUUGCUGUCAUUAAAGGAUGGGGCCUCUUCGGCGCAGCACGAAACAUGGCUGGUGGUAUGCAACAGCCACCAGACGCUGCUGCCGCCGCUCCCGCGCCUGUUGGGAACCGCAAGCAACGACGAGCUGCUUGA